UGUGUCUUUCUCUUGCAGCCGAGCGGGCCUUGGAUACCAUGAACUUUGAUGUGAUUAAGGGAAAGCCAAUCCGGAUCAUGUGGUCUCAGAGGGAUCCCUCUUUGAGAAAAUCUGGUGUGGGGAACGUCUUCAUCAAGAACCUGGACAAAUCUAUAGAUAACAAGGCACUUUAUGAUACUUUCUCUGCUUUUGGAAACAUUCUGUCCUGCAAGGUGGUGUGUGAUGAGAACGGCUCUAAGGGUUAUGCCUUUGUCCACUUCGAGACCCAAGAGGCUGCCGACAAGGCCAUCGAGAAGAUGAACGGCAUGCUCCUCAAUGACCGCAAAGUGUUUGUGGGCAGAUUCAAGUCUCGAAAAGAGCGAGAAGCUGAGCUUGGAGCCAAAGCCAAGGAAUUCACCAAUGUUUACAUAAAAAACUUUGGGGAAGAGGUGGAUGAUGAGAGUCUGAAAGAGCUAUUCAGCCAGUUUGGUAAGACCCUAAGUGUCAAGGUGAUGAGAGAUCCCAGUGGGAAAUCCAAAGGAUUUGGCUUUGUGAGUUAUGAAAAACACGAGGAUGCCAAUAAGGCUGUGGAAGAGAUGAAUGGAAAAGAAAUCAGUGGGAAAGUCAUUUUUGUAGGCCGUGCACAGAAGAAAGUGGAACGGCAGGCUGAGUUAAAACGGAAAUUUGAACAGCUGAAGCAGGAGAGAAUUAGUCGAUAUCAGGGGGUAAAUCUUUACAUUAAGAACCUGGAUGACACCAUUGAUGAUGAGAAGUUAAGGAAAGAGUUUUCUCCUUUUGGAUCGAUCACCAGUGCUAAGGUAAUGCUGGAGGAUGGGAGAAGCAAAGGGUUCGGCUUUGUCUGCUUCUCAUCUCCGGAAGAGGCAACUAAAGCAGUCACUGAAAUGAAUGGACGCAUCGUGGGCUCCAAGCCACUGUAUGUUGCCCUGGCCCAGAGGAAGGAAGAGAGAAAGGCUCACCUGACCAACCAGUAUAUGCAGCGAGUAGCUGGGAUGAGAGCACUCCCUGCCAAUGCCAUCUUAAAUCAGUUCCAGCCUGCAGCUGGUGGCUACUUCGUGCCAGCAGUUCCACAGGCUCAGGGAAGACCUCCAUAUUAUACACCUAACCAGUUAGCACAGAUGAGGCCUAAUCCACGCUGGCAGCAAGGCUUCCAAGGAAUGCCAAGUGCUAUACGCCAAUCUGGGCCUCGUCCAACUCUUCGCCAUCUGGCUCCAACUGGUAAUGCUCCGGCCUCUCGUGGCCUCCCUACUACCGCUCAGAGAGUCGGGUCUGAGUGCCCGGACCGCUUGGCUAUGGACUUUGGUGGGGCUGGUGCCGCCCAGCAAGGGCUGACUGACAGCUGCCAGUCUGGAGGUGUUCCCACAGCUGUGCAGAACUUAGCACCUCGUGCUGCUGUUGCUGCCGCUGCCCCUCGGGCUGUUGCACCUUACAAAUACGCGUCCAGUGUCCGCAGCCCUCACCCUGCCAUACAGCCUCUGCAGGCACCCCAGCCGGCAGUCCAUGUGCAGGGGCAGGAGCCCCUGACCGCCUCCAUGCUGGCUGCAGCACCCCCCCAGGAACAGAAGCAGAUGCUGGGAGAACGUUUGUUCCCGCUCAUACAGACCAUGCAUUCAAACCUGGCUGGAAAGAUUACAGGGAUGCUGCUGGAGAUCGACAACUCCGAGCUGCUGCACAUGCUGGAGUCCCCUGAGUCGCUCCGCUCCAAGGUGGAUGAAGCUGUGGCGGUUCUGCAGGCUCAUCACGCCAAGAAGGAAGCUGCCCAGAAGGUGGGCGCUGUCGCUGCUGCUACCUCCUAGACAAGGAAAAACCGAUUUCAAAGCCAAAUAACCCCUUAUGGAAUUCAGCUCAAGGUUUGAAGACUUCCUAGCUUGUCCUAUGGACCUCAACACCACGAACCACAAAUUGCAAAUUUAAUAGGUCAUUUUGUAUCAAAAGGUCAAUUAUGAAGCACCUAGAAUUUUUCAAUUAAGAGAAUAUAUUCUCUGGGUUCUGCCAUGGCCCAGACAGUGUUAACGUUUUUUUUUUUUUUCUAUUGUGGGUUUUGAUUUUUUCCCCCCAGAAAUUGGUUUUAUUUGAUGUACCCAAGUCUUAAGUUUCUCAAUAAAGAAAAAAACCUCCAUAAAA